UGCGAUUAUUUUUUCGGAUCCGGAAUCCGCUGCUUGUAUAGUCCUUACUCAUCCUUCACCAUCACAUCUAUCCUUAAUCUACAGUUACAGGCGAUUUUCAGGCAAAACUAAAUGGAAUUUGUGGCUGCACCGCCGGUUCAUAGAGUCCUGUGUGCAGACUGUGGAACACCCAUCGUCCCUAAUUCUGCCAAUCUAUGUGUAGCUUGUCUAAGGAAUACGCAAGAUAUCACUGAAGGUAUUCCGAAGCAAGCAUCCGUAUCAUUUUGUCGAAAUUGUGAACGAUUCCUCGCGCCGCCCCAGUCGUGGGUGCUUGCUAGACCAGAAUCCUCCGAGUUGCUCGCUAUAUGCUUAAAAAAGCUGAAGGGUCUGAAUAAGGUCCGGCUGACAGAGGCACACUUCAUAUGGACUGAACCGCAUUCCAAACGGCUGCGUGUGUCAUUGACCAUUCAGAAGGAGGUCCUCACAAACACCAUACUAGAACAAACGUUCGAGGUAGAGUACCUAGUGCAGCAUGGACAAUGUCCCGAUUGCGCAAAACUCGCAGCCAAAAACACGUGGAAAGCACUUGUUCAAGUGCGACAAAAAGUUACACACAAACGGACAUUUCUGUUCCUAGAGCAACUCAUUUUGAAGCACGGCACUCAGAAGGACACGAUUUCUGUAAAGGAAGUUCGAGAUGGUCUCGAUUUCUUCUACAGCCAGCGUAGCCAUGCCCUGAAAAUGGUUGAGUUCCUGGGUGGUGUCGUGCCUAUCCGUCAAAAAGCAUCGGAACAAUUGUUGUCGUCUGAUACUCACACUAACACCGCCAACUUCAAGUAUACCUAUUCCGUCGAGAUCGUUCCCAUAUGCAAGGACGAUCUCGUGUGUAUACCACUAAAGCAAGCGCGACAACUGGCAAAUAUAAAUCCCCUAGUACUUUGUACUCGCGUCGGGAACUCGCUUCAGCUUCUCGAUCCAUGUACCCUCCAAGCCUGCGAAAUCACGGCUCCCACGUAUUGGCGCUCGCCCUUCGAUUCUCUUGCCACCGUGUCUGAUCUCGUGGAAUUUACUGUUCUUGACAUCGAGCCCGAUGGCCGAUCUCGGGGAAAGUAUGUCCUCGCUGACGCCCAAGUGGCCCUCGCGGGCGCCUUCCGAUCCGGAGGUAUCAGUACCGAUGACGACGGCAUGAUGGACUAUGAGAGCAGGGGGAUUCUCCAACCAGGGGAUACCGUCCUAGGAUACCAUCUCACGAACGCGAACUUCAACUCAGAUGAUUUUGCACAGCUCCCUAGCGAUCGGAUACCAGAUAUAUUAUUGGUGAAGAAGACGUAUCCCAACAGACGUAAGAAGAACAGGGCUAGGAAUUGGAAGCUGAGGAGUAUCGGCAAGGAAGCUGGAGAAGAGGGAGAGACUGGCGGUGGACGGGGCGUUGUUGGACGGAUGGGAGGCAGAGAUCAAAAGAAGGUCGAGGAAGACUACGAGUUGUUCCUUCGGGAUAUCGAGGAAGAUGAAGAGAUCAGAGGAGCGGUAAACCUGUACAAGGCUGGGGACGUGCAGAUGAAAUCAGACAAGGAGAGGCCUAGAGGGAAGCGGAACAAUCAAUACGCGAUGGAAGUGGACGAAACGCCUGCCAUCAAAACGGAUGACGAACCUGACGAGGCCGAUUUCCCGGAGGUCAGACUGGAAGAACUGUUGGAGGACUUUGACGAGAUGACAUUAGCUGAUCACGAGUAG